CAGGCGCGCUUUGGGUCCCAGGGGUUCGUCUGUGCAUGUACAGAGCGCGUUUUAUUCACAUUUCCCUCUCCAACUCUGGCGGUUCAGGGUCAGGAUCUGUGGGUCAGGAAAGUCCCGUUCUCGAUCGUUGCUGACCUGCUUUAUGUGGGUUGGGAUUUCAGGGACUCAGAAAGAUGCAUCUACUGUGGUUUAUAGGCACCACCCUUUUGGGGUUGGCUAUCUGUGUGCCCAUUGAGCGGCCCCAGGAAAAACAAGAGGCUGCCCCAGAACCACCGGACACAGGCUUGUAUUACCACCGCUACCUCCAAGAAGUCAUCAAUGUGCUGGAAACCGAUGGGCAUUUUCGGGAGAAACUGCAAGCAGCCAAUGCCGAGGACAUCAAGAGUGGAAAACUCAGCAAAGAGCUAGACUUUGUCAGCCACCAUGUCCGCACCAAAUUAGAUGAGUUGAAGAGACAGGAGGUAUCCCGGCUUCGGAUGCUCCUGAAAGCCAAAAUGGAUGCCACGAUGGAACAAGAUGUCCAGGUAGAUCACCUGGCCUUAUUGAGGCAGUUUGAACAUCUCGACUCACAAAACCAGCACACAUUUGAAGCCCGAGAUUUGGAGCUGCUCAUUAAAGCUGCUACCAAGGACCUGGAGAAUUAUGAUGCAGCUCACCAUGAGGAGUUCAAACGCUACGAGAUGAUGAAGGAGCAUGAGCGUCGGGAAUACCUGAAAUCUCUGGAUGAGGAGAAGCGUCGUGAGGAGGAAGCACAUUUUGAAGAGCUCAAGAAAAAGCAUAAGGAGCACCCUAAAGUCAAUGUCCCGGGCAGUCGUGAUCAGCUCAAAGAGGUCUGGCAGGAGACUGAUGGUUUGGACCCCAAUGAAUUUAACCCCAAGACAUUCUUCAAACUUCAUGACACCAAUAGUGAUGGGGUGCUCGAUGAGCAGGAAUUAGAGGCACUUUUCACUAAGGAGCUGGAGAAAGUAUACGACCCCCGGAAUGAGGAGGAUGAUAUGUUAGAAAUGGAGGAAGAACGGCUGCGCAUGCGGGAGCACGUCAUGAAAAAUGUGGAUCUUAAUAAGGAUCGGCUGGUGACCCUGGAUGAGUUUCUGAAAUCCACUCAGAGGAAGGAAUUUAAUGAAGCUGAUGGAUGGGAGACAGUGGAGGAAACACAGAUCUACUCGGAGGCAGAGCUCCAGCGCUUUGAGGCAGAGCUCAGGGCCCAAGAGGAGGAGUUAAGCCGACGAGCAGCACAGCUUCACCAGGAGCACCAAGAGCUUCAGCAGCGGCAGGUAGAACUUGAUGCUCAGAAGAAGGAGUAUCAACAGGUUGUACUUCAGAUGGAACAGAGAAAAUCUCAACAACUUGAUCAAGUGCCCCAGGUUGGUCCUGGGGGAGAACUGAAGUUCCAGGCACAGCCACCUCAUGCAGCCCCAGCAGAUCAUGCUUCUCCACCUCACUCCCAUCCAGGAUCCCCUGGAGUACCAGAGCAUGAUGCUCAGAAAGACCCAGCAGAAGCUCUUCAGAACCAACCACAUCCAGAUGCCGCCGUCCAAUAGAACACUGCUAUGGCAUGCACAGAGGGGUCUGCGCAUUCUUCUUUUCUCAUAGUUGGGGCAUCUGAAUCAAAAUCCACCCCAGGACAGCAGAGGAGGGACCAUGCAGGGCAUUGUUUACAGAAGGAGAAGGCUUAUAGGUUGUCCUACCCCCAGCCCAGUCUCCACCCAUUCCUCCACUUAUUCCGAGCAAGCAAACUUUUUUUUACCAAACAGAUGGCUGUGAUUCUCUUGGGGAUACCUUGGCAGAGGGAAGUAAUUAGGGGAGGUAAUAAGGAUAGCUUUCCUGUUUAGAAGGAUGGGGCAGGCAAAA